AUGACCAGCUACAACUACAUCAUCGUCGGCGGCGGAACCGCAGGCCUGGUCCUGGCGGCACGUCUAACUGAAGACUCCUCAAAGCGCGUCCUUGUCCUGGAAGCAGGCGAGGACCUGACUGGGGAUGCCCGCCUGUCAGUGCCGGCAAUGUGGCCGACACUUCUGAACACAGACGCAGACUGGAAGUUCAAGACAGUCCCCCAGCCCGGCCUCAAUAACCGCGCCAUUUCCUUUCCCCAAGGCAAAGUCCUCGGCGGCUCCAGCGCCAUCAACGGCCUCUCCUUUACGCACUCAUCCAGGGCAAAUGUAGAUGCUUGGCACAAGCUCGGCAACCCCGGCUGGGACUGGGACAGCUUUUCGCGGUCGCUGGCCAAGUCGUACACCUUGACGUCGCCGUCCGCAGAUGUCACGGGCUCGGGACCGCUCCAGCUCAGCUACCCCAAGGACACCGACAAUGCCUGGCCGAGCAUCUGGCAGCAGACGCUCGAGGGGCUGGGUUUCCCCAAGAGCGAAGAAACCACCAGACAGGCCUGCGGUCCCCUCUUUGUUCCAGACACCAUCCAUCCAGCGUCCAAGACGAGGAGCUACGCUGGAAAUGCCUAUCUGGAGCCGGCCCGCAGUCGCGACAACCUCACCGUCAUCCCCAAGGCUGCAGUCAACAGGAUUCUCUUUGACAAGAACGGGGACGCAGUCACUGCCACGGGCGUCGAGUAUAUCAAGGACGGCGAGACGCAGACCGCCACAGGCAAGGAGAUCAUCCUGACCGCAGGCACCAUCAACAGCCCCCGGCUGCUCGAGCUGUCCGGAAUCGGCGAUGCAAAGCGCCUGGAGAAGCUGGGUAUCAACGUCGUCGUCAACAACCCCAACGUCGGCGAGAACCUGCAGAACCACCUCAUGUGCGGCCUAAGCUUUGAGGCACAGGACAACGAGAAGACCAUGGACAGCCUCGCGCGCCAGGACCCGGCUGCUCUCCAAGCCGCCAUGGCCGCCUACGCGCAGCAGCUGGGCCCCUUUGCCAGCAGCGGUACCAACAACGCCGCCCAGCUACCGUUCCCAGGCAUCAAGACUGCCGAAGGCAAGGCCGAGCUCGAGGAGCUCAUAAGCAAGUACAUCACCAGCGCCAAUACGGGUGACAACGCCGCCUUCGUCGAGGCUCAGGCCAACUUUGUCCGCUCUAUACUGACGUCGCCGGAGGAGGCCUCGGGAUACUACAUCUCGUUCCCGGGCUACGCAGCCUUCAACCCCGACGGCACAAUGGCUCCUCCGCCCGCCGGCAACGGCAAGCACUUCUCCAUCGCUCUCCUUCUGGCGCACCCGCUCUCGCGAGGCUCCGUUCACAUCACGUCCGCGACCGACGUGGCCAUCGACCCCCGCUACUUCUCGCAUCCCCUCGACAUCGAGGUCCUCGCGCGCCAUCUCGGCUUCGUCGAGUCCAUUGCCAGCGCCCAGCCGCUCGCCAGCCACCUCAAGGCGGUUGAGAAGCGCAACACCGCCGUCGAGCAGGCCAAGGAGUACCUGCGCCGGACUGCGGUGGGCGCUCAUCACUUCACCGGCACCUGCUCCAUGAUGCCUGAGGCCCUGGGCGGCGUGGUGGAUGCGCAGCUGCGCGUCUACGGCGUCCCCAAUCUGCGGGUUGCCGACGCCAGCAUCAUCCCCCUGACACCGCGGGCGAAUCCUCAGGCGACGGUGUAUGGCGUGGCCGAGCAUGCGGCGGCCAUUAUAAAGGGGGACAUCUAG